GCGUCCUGUUUCAGCUCCUUCGCUUUCACUCACAAUGCUGUGGAGAGGGUGAAUGGGAGAGGUGGAGGUGGUGGGGUGGGCAUUUAAGAGAGCAGUAGGUGGGAGUGGAGUCUGACCGCAGAGGGUCUAGUGUUUAAGAGAAAGGGAAUUCUCUCUUUCACUCACUCUUUCCCUCUCUCAGCCUCUCGUUCUCUCUCGCUCUCUCUCUCUCUCCUCACUGGCUGCUCAACAUCAGCUGGCUCUCUAGGUAGACUCGAGUAAACACUCAAAGAGAACAGAGAGAAGAGGGAAGAUGACAGAGCUGUCAGUGCUCUGAGAGAUACAGACCGGUGAGAACAUUUGUCAGGGCAGGCUGAUAAGGCUCUCCUCAAGGCUUCUUAGAUUGCUCAUCGGUGGAGAGGCUGCAAGCAUUCUCUUCAAGGAAUCUGGAAGGGAAUACCUAUUUGCUACUAAACUCAUAAGCUGCAGUGGCAGGGUGUCAUCAUGGGAAUGAGAAGUUUCUUUUUGGGCUUCUUAACUGUGGCCCUCAUCCUCCAGUUUGCCACUGCUGGCCUUGUCAGGAAUGUCAUCCGCCAUCGCAGAGAGGCUCUGAUGCCGAAGAAAACCCAGGAGAACCUCACACUCCCCCAUCCUGACCAGCCAGUAGUUUUCAACCAUGUCUACAACAUCAACGUCCCCUCCACGUCGCUCUGCUCUGUGGACCUUGACUCACCAGGCGGUACUGACCUCAAGCACAAGACCGUCCCAAUGGAGAUGCAGAACACCGAGCACAUGGAACACACGAUGGAUGGUGACAAUCAGAUCGUUUUCACCCAUCGCAUCAAUAUCCCCAAGCAGGCAUGCGGCUGUGAAAACCAGCUGCCAGACAUCAAGGCUAUCCUGAGCAGGCUAGAGAUGCUGGAGUCAGAGCUGUCUAGUCUGAGGGAGCACUGUACCAGUGGAGCAGGUUGCUGUGGAGCUCAAGUUACAGGUGAAGUGUCCUCAAAGCCCUACUGCAACGGGCGCGGAAACUGGAGUACUGACACCUGUAGUUGCGUAUGUGAGCCUGGAUGGAAGGGCCCCAACUGCACUGAACCUGAGUGCCCCAGUGACUGCCAGGACCAGGGGCGCUGUGUAGAUGGCAAAUGUGAAUGCUUUGAGGGCUUUGGCGGGGAUGACUGCAGCAUUGAGCUCUGCCUGCUGGACUGUGGCGACUACGGUCACUGUGUUGAUGGGUCCUGCCUCUGCGAAGACGGUUUUAUCGGUGAGGACUGUUCUCAGACCAACUGUCUCAACAACUGCCUGGGCCGCGGACGCUGUGUGGACGAUGAGUGCAUCUGCGACCAUCCAUGGGCGGGUUUCGACUGUUCUGAACUCAUCUGUCCAAACGACUGUUAUGAUAGAGGACGCUGCAUUAAUGGUACCUGCUACUGUGAAGAGGGCUACACUGGGGAGGACUGCGGUGAGCUCACUUGUCCGGGCAACUGUAACGACCACGGGAUCUGUGUGAAUGGCCAAUGUGUGUGUCACACUGGAUACACUGGUGAGGACUGCUCUAAGCUCACCUGCCCCAAAGACUGCAGCGAGAAAGGUCACUGCUUCAACGGGAAGUGCAUCUGUGAUCCCGGAUUUGAAGGUGAAGAUUGCUCAGUCCUCUCAUGUCCUGACAACUGCAGCAACAGGGGACAGUGCAUUAAUGGAGAAUGUGUAUGCGACCUAGGAUAUCAAGGUGAAGACUGUAGUGAACUCUCCUGCCCCAACAAUUGUCAAGACCGUGGCCACUGUGUGAAUGGGCAGUGUGUUUGCGAGAAAGGUUAUGCUGGUGAGGACUGCAGCAUCAAGACCUGUCCUAAAGACUGCAUGGGACAUGGAGAGUGUGUGGACGGUGAGUGUGUGUGUUUCACCGGCUUUACAGGGAAAGACUGUGGUGAGUUGACCUGCCCCAAUAACUGCCUGGACCGUGGUCACUGUGUGAACGGGCAGUGCAUAUGCGAGAAAGGUUAUGCUGGUGAGGACUGCAGCAUCAAGACCUGUCCUAAAGAUUGCAUGGGCCGUGGAGACUGUGUGGACGGCAAGUGUGUGUGUUUCACUGGCUUUACAGGGAAAGACUGUGGUGAGUUGACCUGCCCCAAUAACUGCCUGGACCGUGGUCACUGUGUGAACGGACAGUGCGUUUGUCAUAAGGGUUUCACUGGUGAGGACUGCGGUGAGAAGACAUGUCCCAAGAACUGCCUAGAUAGAGGCUACUGUGUAGAUGGCAGCUGUGUGUGCUAUGAGGGAUUCACUGGCCCAGACUGCUCCAUAUUAACCUGCCCAGAAGACUGCCACAACCAGGGGCGCUGUGAGAAUGGAGUGUGUGUCUGUGAUGAAGGAUUGAUUGGAGAGGACUGCUCAGAGGUGUCGCCACCUAAGGACCUGACAGUGGUGGAGGUCACCCCAGAGACAGUAGACGUAUCCUGGGAAAAUGAGAUGCGUGUGACAGAAUACCUAAUCACCUAUGUGCCCACGGCCUCUGGAGGCUUAGAGUUGGACAUGAGGGUACCUGGGGACCACAAGAAGGCCACUAUUAGGGAGCUUGAGCCUGGAGUGGAAUACCUGAUCAGUGUCUAUGCUGUGCUCAGCAAUAAGAGGAGUGUUCCCGUCACUGCUAGGGUGGCAACAUAUCUUCCUGAGCCUGAGGGUCUCAAGUUCAAGUCAGUGCGGGAUACUUCUGUGGAGGUGCAGUGGGAUCCAUUGGACAUUGCUUUCGAUGGCUGGAACCUCAUCUUCAGAAACACGAAAGAGGAAGACGGUGAGAUUCUGAACUCCCUGGGCCGACCGGAGACCACCUUUGAGCAAUCGGGCCUGGGUCCAGGCCAGGAGUACGAGGUCAAACUGGAGGUGGUGAAGAACAACAAACGUGGACCGCCUGCCUCCAAGAAUGUCGUCACAAUGAUCGAUGGCCCAAGCCAGGUGAAUGUUCGUGAUGUGACUGACACCACUGCGCUGGUGACCUGGUUCCAGCCCGUGGCUGAGGUGGAUGGGGUCACCAUCUCCUACGGACCCAGCUUGAACUCCGCCGAUCGCACUUUGGUGGACCUGACCUCUGCUGACACCCAGUACCAUCUGGGAAACCUCACCCCUGACACAGAGUACGAGGUGUCUCUGACAGCGCGGCGGGGAGAAGGGACCAGCAUUCCCAUCUACGAGUCCUUCCUUACAGACCUGGACGCCCCCAGAGACCUGCAGACAGUAGAGCUGACAGACGAGAGCAUCACUCUUGAGUGGAAGAACAGCCGUGCUCAGGUCGACAACUACCGCAUCAAGUAUGGACCUCUGUCUGGUGGAGAGCAUGAAGAGCUGCUGUUUCCCCCAGGACCUAAGGACUCCACUCAGGCCAAGAUCACUGGCCUGAGACCCGGCACGGAGUAUGGGAUGGGUGUGACGGCAGUGAAAGAUGAGAGGGAGAGUCUGCCCACGACGGCCAACGCUGUGACCGCCCUCGAUGCUCCCAAAGACCUGACUGUAACAGAGAUGACCGAAACUACUAUGAUGCUGGAGUGGAGGCGUCCCUUUGCCAAACUGGACUCCUACAGGCUGGUUUACAUUUCCGCUGAUGGUCACAGGGCUGAAGAAGUUAUCCCGGGCAGCUCUGAAACUCACACCCUGAGGGGCCUGACACCCGGUAUGCUGUAUACCAUCAACAUCAGUGCAGAGAGGGGCCGCAGAAGCAGCGUACCUGCCACCAUCUCAGCACCCACAGAGGAGGAGAAGCCCGUGGUGACCAACGUUACAAUCAGCGAUGUAACGUGGGACAGCUUCCUCUUGUCCUGGUUUGCCGAGGAUGGGGCUUUUGAGUCUUUUCUGAUCACGGUAACUGAUGCAGAGACGGACGCUGAGUGGCAAAAUCACACUGUGCCCGCUGAUGCUCGCAGCCUCGCCAUCACCGGCCUCUACCCCACCACCUGGUACAGAGCUAUUGUAUACGGGGUGUACAGGGGAGCCCCAUUAGACCCUGUCAUUGCAGAAACCAUCACAGACCUGGGUUCACCCAAGGGCAUUCGCUUCUCCGAUGUCACUGACACGUCUGCAACUGUUCACUGGGUGACCCCAAGAGCUCGAGUGGACAGCUACCGGGUCACUUACGUACCUGUCUAUGGAGGUAACGCCAAGACACUGUCAGUGGAUGGUUCUUCAUCUCAGAUUGUGCUGCCUAACCUGACACCCGGAGUCACUUACAAGGUCACUGUGAUUGCUAUCAAGGGGCAGAGGGAGAGUGAACCUGGAUCUGACAGCGUCACCACAGCUCUGGAUAAACCACGUGGUCUGAACGCAGUCAACAUCACGGACAGUGAGGCUCUGCUGCUCUGGCAGCCCGCCAUCGCUACAGUGGACGGCUAUGUCAUCACCUAUAGUGCAGAUUUAGUGGCUCCAGUCAUGGAACGUGUGUCAGGAAACGUGGUGGAGUUUGAGAUGAACUCUCUGGCACCAGCCACACACUACACUGUGAAGGUCUAUGCUGUGCGGGACUUGGCCAAGAGUGCAGCCACUACAACAGAGUUUAUCACAGAUGUGGAUGCCCCCCAGGACUUGGCAGCCAGUAACAUCCAGACAGAGAACGCCAUGCUGACGUGGAAGCCUCCUCGUGCUGACAUCACCGGCUACAUGCUCAGCUUUGAAUCUGCAGACCGCACCAUCCGGGAGGUGGUGCUGAGUCCGACUGCAGUGUCAUACAACAUGGCUCAGCUCAAAGCAUCCACCGAAUAUACAGUCAGCCUGCAGGCCCUCGCUGGACCAAAGAGAAGCAGAGUGAUCACUACUAUCUUCACCACCACUGGCGUGUUGUACCGACACCCCAGGGAUUGCUCCCAGGCCCUACUGAAUGGAGACACCUCAUCAGGCAUGCACACCAUCUACCUGGGUGGAGAUGAGAACCAACCCCUGCAAGUCUACUGUGACAUGAGCACUGAUGGAGGCGGAUGGAUCGUUUUCCUCCGACGUCAAAGUGGCAAACUAGAGUUCUUCCGCAACUGGAAGAAUUACACAGGCGGCUUUGGAGACAUGAAUGAUGAAUUUUGGCUGGGUCUGUCCAACCUGCAUAAGAUCACAGCCAGCGGUCAGUACGAACUGCGAGUAGACCUGAGAGAUAAGGGAGAUACAGCCUAUGCUCAGUAUGACAAGUUCUCAGUCGGUGAACCCCGGACCCGCUACAAAGUCCAUGUAGGAGGAUACAGCGGUACAGCAGGCGACUCCAUGACCUACCACCACGGCCGGCCGUUCUCCACCUACGACCAUGACAACGACAUUGCCGUCACCAACUGCGCUCUGUCCUAUAAGGGAGCCUUCUGGUAUAAAAACUGCCACCGGGUUAAUCUGAUGGGACGAUAUGGAGACAACAGUCACAGCAAGGGCGUGAACUGGUUCCACUGGAAAGGCCAUGAGCACUCAAUUGAGUUCGCUGAGAUGAAGAUCCGGCCAUCCAACUUCAGAAACCUGGAGGGAAGGAGGAAACGAUCAUAAAUGAUAUGAAAAGCUCCGCCGCCACCAAUACCACCUUCACCACCACCAACAACAAAAACAACAACUACUACUCUGGACUCCGCAUGAACCAACUGGACUCCCAAACCCUCCCACCCUGCAGCAACCAAAGCCACUGCCAAGAGCCCUGCUGUUCUCACAUGAAACAAAUGCUCCUCGAUGUUUUCUGUUCCCUCACAAAUCUGCCUAAAUCUGCCAUAUGACCCAUCCCAGCCUUUCCCCCCUCUGAUACGGCUACGCAAAAAUGCUGCCAGUGCAGAAACUGACGUUACAAACUGGACUUGCAUCAAACCCCACGAGGUUCACCAAAGAGAGUCUCUCCCUCUCACUCAAUUCUGACCCCGAUCUCUUGUGUUGCAGCAUUUGUGGGAAAGCGUGAGCGCAGCUUGGACAUUAUGUUGUGAAUAGUCAUUAAUACAGUUUCCUAUUUCAUAUCCAUGCCAUGUCUGGCAUUUGACAAAAAAUUCUGACUGUUUAGUGCGAUGCAAUCUUGUUUAGGAUCAGGGCCUCUUUGCGAAAAGUGUUAAUGCAGCAGGAUUAUCAGAGAAAGUCUACUCCUUGUACAGCUCUGUACAUGUCUCCAUCUGAUAUGAACGUCUGAAAACGGAUUCUUCAGAUGUCACAUAUCUCCAUCUAACUUGUCAUUUGUUUGUCCAUGUGCAACUAAACACAUCUCAGUGUCACUUUAUAAUCCCCAGCCUCCCUUCACUCCCAUCCCCCCAAUAAAAAAAUGUAAAAAAGGAAAAGAAAAACCUACGGAAACACAUUUUACUCUCUACAUCCCAUGUCGUUGUGGACGGCGGUGUUUCUGUUGAGUCUUUGAAGGCAUCAUGCUGUGGCCACAGUAUUGUGUUAGCAAAAAAAGAACAGAGAAGAAAAGAAAACGUGUUUUGUUUCUCUGAUGAAUCUGAGGCAGGACCUGUUAUUCAGUAUAAAAUGACUUUGGUGAUAACAUUUUGUUUGUUCUUUGUUUUUGAAAAAUGUGAAUACGGUACAUAUAUGUGGAACAUGAGAAUGUUAUGUGAUGCUCGAAACUUUAAAAAAGGCCAAUUUUCAAUUGAAUUCCAGUUGUCAUAGUAAGGUCUCUAUGAUUGUGUUAAUGAAAAUAGUGUUUGGACAGGCCAAAACUAGAGAACUAGUUACUGUUUUUACCCCUUUCACCUCCCCCAAACCCCGCCCCCUACCCUUUCCUGCUAUUGCAGGAUACUAAACCACUGACCUUCUAAAGAAUGCCUGUGUAAAUUAAGGUUGUUUUGAUUGUUUUGUUUGUUUAAAACUGGGUGAACAGCAGGUGUUUCUCUGUAAACUGUAUUACAAUAAAACAGUUUGUUUAAAA